ACGCGGACGCCCGGGUGUCGUGGCCACUCGGGUGACUCCCUGACAGCUCUCGCCAUGGAAGGAGGGGAUGGCAGCGACGAGCCUGCCGCCAGCCAGGCCGGAGAGGCGAAAGGGGACGUUCCCGUGAAGGAUGACAUUCUUCUUUUGGCUGAUGAAAAAUUUGACUUCGAUCUUUCACUGUCUUCUUCAAGUGCAAAUGAAGACGACGAAGUCUUUUUUGGACCUGUUGGGCAUAAAGAAAGAUGUAUUGCUGCCAGCUUAGACUUAAAUAAUCAAAUUCCCGAAGAGCCUCUUCUGCCAGCGUCUGAAAGCCACUUCACUUGGAGUCCUCUCACUGGGGAGAAAUUUGUGGAAGUUUAUAAAGAAGCUCACUUACUGGCCUUGCAGAUAGAAAGCAACAGCAAAAACAAGGUGGCCCCAGCUGGCAAACCUGAAGACCCUUGGAGCCAGGGUGUGGAAAGAUUCAUACAGGAAUCAAAAUUAAAAAUAAAGCUCUUUGAGAAGGGAAAUGAAAUGAAGAAAAGCCCCAAGUCACUUAAAAGGGAGACAUACUACCUGUCAGACAGCCCCUUGAGGGGACCACCCCCCUCGGGCACCCAGCCCCCCUUGGGCGUGGCCCUGCACAGUGCUCCUGCCCAGGCCAGCCUCGCCCCAAGGCAGGGCCCACCACACUCUUCUCAUUCUCCUUUGCCAGUGGAACCAAGUACCGCUCAUCCUCCAAACCAGGCAGUGACUCAGAAAAAGGCCAUCAGCAGAUUGGUGCCACCCCGAACUUUGUCUCUUAGAGGGAAAAGCGUUCACUUGGCCACGGAGAAGCUUACGAAAGAGAUACCAGCUAAUCCCUGCAGUAUGAAAACCCUAAAUGAAAAGGAAUCCCACAGGGACGUGCGCCCUGACAAGCCCAGCACUGCCCAGGAUGUCACCAGCCUGCCAGCCAAUGGAAGCUACUUGGUCCAAGGCAAGCGAUCGCUCCCCGUUCCAAGCAAGUUGGGGCUGAAGAAAACCCUUGUAAAACCACCUGGUUGUGCUGGCAGUCUUGCAAGAAAGUCCUCGUCGUCGGGCAGUGUUUCGUGCGUGACGUCCAGUGCGUGUGCUUCUCCAGCAGCAGGCAAAGCUAAAUCAAGUGAACUUCCAAGUAUUUCUGCAGAUAGUUCCCGGCCUCUGUCAUACACCAGCCAGUUAGGCAGAACGGGACCUGCCAUGUCACGGCCAUCUCUGCAGCCUGGCCCUGCCGGUGUGUCCUGCAGGCAAAGCAAGUGGGCCGAGGUUGCUGAGUUGACAGCUCUUGCCCAACCCCAGACUCCAGAGCAGGGAGGCCCAAGGCCAACCUCUCAUUCCAGUCUGUCACAGUCUUCUCAACGGAAUACAACUGGGAGUACAAGAGGACGAGAUUCCUUUCUGAAUUCCAAGACAGUGGUUAUGCCUACUCCUACAAAUCGAUUUAAAAUUCCUAAGUUUUCUACUGGUGAACCCCCAGGCAGUGCAACACCAAAGUUCUCUCGGGCGCAGAGGCCACAGUCCUGCACGUCAGUGGGGAGGGUGACUGUCCAUAGCACUCCUGCGAGACGCUCCUCAGGGCCAGCCUCACAAAGCCUUUUAAGCAGUGUGAGGACCCCCGUGAGGACGAGACGCAUGUCAGCAUUGCCCACACCUGUUGGCUGUCGACUCUCUGGACUCCCAUUGGUGACCCCUAAAACCGUGCCCAGGCCCCUGGCUUCUCCCCUGUGCAUGUCUGCUCGGCAUCUUUCUUCUGAGCCCCGGAAAAAGUCUGCAGUGAGAAUUUCACCAAUGAGGGAGAGCCAGAGCAAGGCUGCUUCUGGGUGCUCAGACUUAUCAUCUGAUGGGAGUUUUUCUCCUCCGUCUGCUGUGCCGCAGGCACUUAGCUUUUCUCCAGAAAAGAGUGAUUUUACUUUUUCAAAAAGUGUCACCACAGAAGCAGUGCUGGCGGAGGCACAGGCGCCUGAAGAUGCACCCCUCAGUGAGGCUGUUCUCGUGGAUAUCCAGCUGGAUCAACUUGUCAUCACUCCGAAAGCUGAAAGCGCACCCCUCCUCGACCUCCCUCUCAUCGACCUUUGCAGUACUCCAGGAGCGAGCUUGGCUCUGGGCUCCGAAAGUAGACCUCUGAUCGACCUCCUGACAAACACUCCGGACGUGAGCAGAAGCGCUGUGUCGAAGCCUCUCCACGAGGUGGGGCAGCUGAUAGACUUGGCCUCUCCUCUGAUCCAGCUGAGUCCCGAGGCUAACAAGGAAAACAUGGACUCGCCGCUUCUCAAGUUCUGAGUAGAACAGAAGCCUCCGCAUUUUAUUCUUUGUUGCGAGAACAGUCAGUCCUAACUUAGAAAUGAAUUGUAGGAUAAAUUGUUUUGGAAAAAUUAAAAAGGAAAACAAACCUAAGUCAAAUGACUGUGCCUGAGGGACUGGGGGGUGGUUUGCCCACCUGAGGUCACUACUGCCCGCAUCGUCCGUCCUCGCUGCCCUGCCAGGCUGGGAUGCCGAGUGGAAGUUGCUCCAAAUGGAGAAGUUUGUUUUGGAAUUUUUGUAAGUAAAAUAGCAAGUGACUAUUUUUAAAAUUAAGUUUGUAUGACAAGUUAAAUAUUCUAGAUUUACAUUGUAAAAUAAAUGACAAUGAAUUAAAGCACAUCUUGAUUUGUAAGAUGACCUUGAUUUUCAGAAAUGCAUAGCUAUUAUCACUCUUAUCAGGACGCAAGAUUUAUAUUAUCCAAACUGUAAUUCUAAAUUUAGUGUGAAUACUGUGACAGCAUGGAUGGACCUUGAG